AUGCGCUCGUUUAUCACCUCGUUGGCACUGUGUGCGGCCUCUACGUUUGCUGUGCAAAUUGACACCGAAGGACUUCCUGACACUGGCCUUGACACUUCGAGCUGGACGACUGGAACUUUACCACCAAUCGAGGACCUUGUUGAUGCAAACGACUUCCAGAUCGCCGCAAAGAAUGUCUUGUCUGACAGACAUUAUGCAUACUACCGCACAGCUGCUCUGGAUGAGAUUACAUAUAACGCCAACAUGCGUGAUUGGAAGAAGAUUCGAUUGAAUGGAUUCAGCUUUACCGACGUUUCCAACAUCAACACAAAGACGACUAUCCUUGGACACGAGUUCGAUGCGCCUUUCUUCAUUGCUCCUGCAGCGAAAGCUGGCUAUGCAAGCAGUGGUGCCGAGACAAACCUGGCAAAGGCUGCCGGAGCUGCGAAUCUUCUAUAUGUACCCUCGAUCUCUUCAUCACAAUCGAUUGAAGAGAUUGGUUCUGCAGCUGUCAGUGGACAAGUCAUGUUUCACCAAGAAUAUAUUUGGUCAGACACGGCAAAACUUCAAGAUGAGUUGAAUCGUAUGAAGAAGGCAGGAUUUAAGGCCAUCUUCUUAACGGUCGACAACACUGUAUGUAUAUGGAUUCCAUGCUAUGAUCCAUCGUCUAACCAGAUAUCANNGGGUGUAAACGGUAUCAGGGAUCGAUACCUUCGUUUCUCGGCAGGCGGCGAUGCUGGUCACAGCUCUACAUUCACGAUCGAUUCACUGAACAAGCUACGAAACAUGACAACCCUGCCGAUUGUUCCCAAAGGUGUAAAGACUGCUCACGACGUCAAGCUUUGUGCUGACCUCGGCUUCCCUGCUGUUUACAUCUCCAACCAUGGAGGUCGUGUUGUUGACAUGGCACCUACUGCUGUUGAAGUGCUUCUCGAUGUCCACCGGCUAUACCCUGAAGUCUUUGACAAGAUUGAGAUCUAUGCUGAUGGCGGUGUACGUCGCGCGAGCCAUAUCCUCACAUUGUUGGCUCUCGGUGCUCGUGCAGUCGGUCUGGGACGUGCACCAAUGUAUGCCAAUAUCUAUGGCGAGCAAGGAGUCUCCAAGCUUCUGAACAUCAUCAAGAAGGAGCUCACCACAGAGCUGGCGUUGAUUGGAGAACCGGACUCGAAUAAUGUUCGAGGAAACAGAACNCUUGUCAAUACGAGACGAGUUGAGUUGGAGUUCUUUGGCGCACCUCUACCUUGA